AUGGCGAGAUCUUCCUUCUCAGACGCUCCCCCAAGGGACUCGGCAUAUCUCGCACCCCGCGAGCCCUAUGGCUACCCGACGUCAUCCGCGCGGGACUCGAGAUGGGAUGUCGCUGAAUACUCGCUCAGACCGACCUCCAGAGGCCAAGACCCCCCCUCCUCCUCUUCCUCUAGGCCGCGUUCACGAUCUCGCUCCCGUGACGCCAGACCUCCCCGCGACAAAAUGCACCGCAAGAAGCGACGCAGCGGCGGUGGAAGCGGCAGCGGCAGCUCCUCAUCGUCCAACUCCCCCCCGGCGGCGAAGGCCGUUGUGAGCUCAAACACGGCCUCCUUCACGCCAGCCGCCAUGUUCAGCAACCUCCAAAACGCCUUCCACGCAUUCCAAUCCAUCCCUAACCUCUCCACCUCAUCCUUUGAGCUGGGCCCCCUACCGGACACGCCCGUGACGAACCUCAUCAACCCAAAGAACCUCCACCCGCCCCCCUCCCAGGCCGUCCUCCACGACCGCCUCGCCACGAACCUGCACCGUCACAGCAACGUCUACCUCAUCCUCCUGGUCGGCACCCUCCUGGCGACCCAUUGGCUCGUCCUCGCCGCCCUCUUCGGCGUCGUCAAGUUUGGCUUCUUCAUCCAGUCCUACAACGGCCGUGACCUCGCCCGCGACCUCGGCGUGAGGAAGUACGCCUCCACGCAGAGCAUCAUGUCCGGCUUCGCCGCCCUGGCCGCCAUCGUCGGCCUGUGGGCCUUUUCCUCGCUCUUUGGUGUCGUCUUUACGCUCGUCAAAGUCGCGGGCCUCGUCCUCGUGCACGCCGCUUGCUUCGAUAUAUCAGCGGCGGGCGGCAGACCCGCUGCUGCUGCCGCUGCUUCGACGGCGGCAUCUUCGCCUGCUCCGGCCCCAGGGUUCUUGAGACCGCCUGCGGCGCCCGCGGGCUGGGGACAGCUCUCGCGAGAGGCGGCGAACGUCGCGCAGCUCAGAUCUGCCAGCGAGGGCAACCUCAGCGGCGCGCCGUACCCGAGCGGGAAUGGAUGGUACGCCAGCGAGGGGUACACUGGACCUCCGACGCCAGAGACGUACGCCGAGAUGCCACGGACGCCGCGCUCCUUUGAGGCUUAUGCUCCCGGUCCCCGAAGGGAGGAGCACGAUGCCAGUGAUCUGGCUUAUGGGUACUAUGAGUCCGGUCGGCCUCAGAGUUAUGCCUCGGGCAGAUCGUAUUGA